GACUUGCAGCUGCUUCAUGGACGUACUGGAGCUGCUGGGAAUCGAAACUUAACCGGGGACUUCGCGGGUUUCCUUCCUCCUCGGUUGUUUAUCAUUAUUAACGCGACUGCUCUCGGCUGCUAACAGUCUUUUCUGCCCGGACCCAUCCUCCCCUCCCCCGGUCCUCUUUCCCACCUCGGACUCAGCAUGACACGCUUUUAGAUUUUGGUUCGGUUCAAUGAACUUCCUCACUUCAUCAGUGAACAAGCAUGGACCCUGCCAGGCAGAAACGCAAGGAGGAGAUAAGCAAAGCUCUGACAUUUAUACAGUCUUCCCUGGCUUAUCCAGAGCCUGAACACUACCAGGACUUCCUGACCCAAUUAGUGUGCAACCUGCUCGAUGAGGGCAACGCCUUGUUCAGAGACAGAGAGUGGGACCAGGCUGUGAGAGAGUUCAGUGAAGGCCUGAACGUCUCAUGCUAUGCUGCAGGAGAGGACAUCCAGAUCCCUGAAGUUUUGCUGGAAAGCCUAUAUGUCAACCGGGCUACAGCCUACUACAGUCUGGGUGAAUAUGAUCAAGGUGUGAAGGACUGUGACAGAGCUCUUGAACUGUGUAAGGAAAGCCGCAAGGCCCUGUACAGAAAGGCACUUUGUUUGAAGGCACUUGAGAAGUACAAGGAGGCCUACAACUGCACCACGGACUGUCUGCUCAUCACUCGUCUGGAUAAAGAGGUGAAUGAACUCGCUCAGGAGCUGGCUAUCCACCUGGGACUAAAAAAUCGAAAACCUUAUGUCAGCGCAAAGGAAGGUGCACUUAUAACGAGAGGUGUUCCAAAUGGAAACAUGACGACUAAAGACAUCAAGGUGUCUGGUGCUAAUUUAGGAAAUGUCAGCUUUCCCAGCAUGCCUGCUGUCCCCUCAGUGCCUGAUAUUGUGGACACUUCGGAGGACUCUGAGGUAAUGGGAGAUGACUUAGACAGCCUGCUCGACUGCUUCCCUACUGAGGAGGAGUCAACCAAGGCAGCAUUCUCAGUUCCCAGCAGGACAUCCACUUCUGCACACAUAGUUCCUUUGGUCCUGCCUGCCCCAACACCUCAGCUACCCCCAGCCUUCUUCAACUCAGCCAUCAGCCAGCUCAACUCCCUGGAUUCCUUUUCAGAUGUUGGGCACAGCACUACCACUGCAGCACUGGAUAGCCUGGAUGACCUCUUGACCUCACAGAAUCUAGAUGCCUUAGACAACUUCUCUGGAACUAAAGGUGGCGCUGGUGCUCCAAAUUUAGGACAGACCUCUGCAGUGCUGGACACCCUGGAUGGCCUUGAUUCCUUGGAUGACUUCUUGGAUACAACACCAAGUGCUGCUGCUGUUGUGGAAGUUAUUAAAUCCAAAACGGAACUGGAAUCAGUAGAAAAGUCCCUGGAUGAUUUGCUAGAUGAACUAGAUCCCCUGGAGACGGUCUCUGAUCCAGCGGGUCAGAAUGGUGAUGUCCCUACAAUAGGUGUGAAAGCUGUGGACCAGCUUGACUCCCUCGAUGUCCUGGAUUCGUUUCCCUCAGUGGAAGGUGUCAGGGCGGCUUUGCCAACAGUUUCCAUUGGGGGAACAGGCCUGGACUCGCUGUCCGAUUUCAACUCAACUGGUAUCCUGGGCUCUCACACUGCUGCAGCUCCUGUAAUGCAAUCUCCAAAGGAUAACUACAGAGAGAGAAAAGACCAAGCACCAGUUGCAGCUUCUCACCCCCUGUCCUCCACCCAUGAGUUCCUGCAGGCCUGCUCUGCCUGUUUCCCUCGGGAAGGUGUAGGGAUAUAUAGUUUUGUUCACAAGCCAGACCUGGUUCACCGCUGUAAGCAAGACAUUCUGUUAUGUAGACGAAAGGCAGAGAAUCCUUCAGAGUGGACCAGAGUGCGGCGGAUUCCUCCCUGCACGUCCUUCAAAGGGCCCUUUGUGCUUUGCAGAGAGCUGCUGAAGUCUGGGGAUUUGGGCAUGUGUAAGUAUGGAGAGAAAUGUACUUUUGCCUACAACCAGUUGGAGAUCGAUGUUUGGACAGAGGAGAGAAAGGGGACACUGGACAGAAGCCUGCUGUUUGAUACAGCAGCUGCCAAACUGAACCCUGUACACAGCGUCAUAAGGCUUCUACAGGAACACAAGGGCACGUUCAUAUUCCUCUGUCAGGCAUGCUAUGACAGUAAACCUAGAAUCAUCAGUAAACGCUGCAGAGACAAUCAGACCAUCUGCUCUAACUUGGAUGUUCGCCACAACUUUGAUGCUAAUAAGUGCUUGGCAUUUGUGGUGAGGACCCUGAAUGUGAACUACAGAAAGGUCCGUCCGCUCAGCGUCCUGUGCCAGUUGGAUUUGUGCCACCAAGCCAUCCGGUACGGCUGCCAGAGAGAGGACAACUGUCGUCAUGCCCACUCCAUCAUAGAGCUCAAAACCUGGAGGGUUCAGCGAGACACAGGUAUCAGCCAUGAUGAGAUUGUGAAAGUAGCCACAAAGUAUUAUGACAAACAGGAGCAAAUCUCAAGCAAGCAGAAAUGGAAUAGAUUAUCUCCAGGGAGUAGUGGGAUCAAACUGAAAGCAGGAGUUGGAGGAGGGGUUAAAGGAGGAGCAGCUGGGAAGAAUUUGAACAUGAAGAUGAAGUUUGCCUGUGCUCAGUGCUGGCGAGAUGGCCUGAUCAGUGAACCAGACAAAGCCCUCAAGUAUUGCACUGCCAAGGCCAGGCACGCGUGGACUAAAGACAGACGGGUACUGCUGGUCAAGUCCUUAGAGAGAAGUAAAUGGGUUCAGGUCCGACCACUGCCACAUGCCAAGAACUUCCCUGCACAGUAUGAUUUAUGCACCCAGAUUUUGGAGAAAAGGAAAUGUAACUACACUGGGAACUGCACCUUUGCUCACAGUCAAGAGGAGAAGGAGAUGUGGAUGUAUAUGAAGAAUAAUGACUUGCGGGACAUGCAGCAGAUAUACGACAUGUGGCUGACAUUAAGCACCCAAAACCGCCAAGUAGAUGGAGCCACGCUCACCCAGCCGGUCCCAGAGGAGAAGUGUAUUGUCAUGCCAACUGACUAUGCUGAACCAAUGACCAGCUUCCACUGCCGUCUGUGCGGUAAACACAGUAACAGUGAGCGGCAGUGGCAGAAGCACAUCUCCUCUGAGAAGCACAAAGACCGAGUGUUCAGCUGUGAGGGAGAAGACGAGGUUCUGACGUGGAACUACCGUUUUCCUGGCACAAACUUUGAACUCUGCCCCAAGUUGGACGGCGACUGCCCUGAGGGUGCGAGCUGCGACUACGCCCACAGCCUGGAGGAGCUGCAGGAGUGGAUUGAGAGACGGGAUUUCCUGCGACAGAAGCUGGCCAAAGCCAGGGAAGACAUGCUCAUCAUGCCUGAUGAGUAUGACUUUGGGAAGUACAACUUUCUACUUCAGGACUGAGAAGAAUUUACUUUUUGACCUUGCCAUUUUUGUAACUGCCACACUAGCAUAUCAGUGUAUUAGGAGUUUUCAAAUCAAAACCAAAUGAUGUGAUCAAACUAGUCAUGUGUCCAGUUUGCCAAAAGAUCACUUGAAAUGUGAAGAUAUGUGUAUUUAGAUUUUCUUUCCCAAAAUGCCAUUUACAUUUUCCAUGUUCAUGUUCAGCUAAGACAUCAGUACCAACUACUCAAUGCUGUGAAAGUGAGGCUUAUUUUGGUGCCACUGAAAAACAGAGCAGACACAAACACACACUUUUAGAGAGCAUUGAUAGAGGGUAUAUAUCUAACCAUACAUGCAGCUUUGUGUAUGCUCAGAUCCAUGGGAUGUUCACACAAGUCUUUGUUGAAGUGUUUUGUUCUUUUCCCUUCUGUUUAAGCAAGGACUGUAUUAAGAGUGCUUUCGUUCCAUAGCUCACUCAGAGAGAGGAUAUUCAAAGCCCUAUCUGCAUUAUAAUAAUCCCACAAAUGAUUUUUCAAAGUCUCAACAUUUAACACAAAUGAAAAUGGUGUUGCUCGGUUCCAAUUUGUGCUCAAGCAAAGACAUUUUUGUUUGGAGCAUACGUGUGAUUCUUUUUACUUACUUUUUUUUUUUUUUUUUUUUUUUAAAUCAGAGAAAGGUUUUGUUAACUUGGCCAAACUGUUAUU